CUUAAUUUCACUCUUCAAAAGUUUUUCUUUUAAACUUUCAUUUUUUUUAAAAAAUGUGACCUAAACGGUACAAAUGGCUUGCAAUUCACUCACAUGAAUUACCUAAAUUUAUAUACAACCGAAAACAGACGUAAAAACGAUAGUUUGUCCAUUGUUGCCUCUAUACGUAUACUUAGAUACUCGGAUAUAUUUGAACGUUAAAAAUCCUGUGGUUAACCAACAAAUGAGUCGGUUUUCUCGUAACGCGUCUAUAUCCCACGCGAGAAAGUAACAUUUUUUUUAUCCUAUUUGUUCAGCUUAGAUAGACUUAUUCAUCUCUUUCUUGUAUGUGUACUUGGUUGUGAGUAGACCUGUAACAGUUCCAGCUCAUAAGUUCAGCUCAUUUGAGCGAAAGAAGUGCUGAACAAUUCUUUUGAAAGGAGCUGAUAUGUUUGAACAGCUCUUUUGAAAUUUAAAAAAUUGAAAUUUUUUGAAAUAUUUUCAACGACUACUGCUAAAGCUUUCAUGCUGAAGCAAGAGCUUGCUCAACUCGAAGCACUGGACGCUCCUGAAGUCCAGGAGUCCAAGAGCAAAGUGUUCUUUUUUGGGAAUCACUUCCCAAAAAGAACAAAACUGUUCAUUUUUUGGGCAGUGAUUCCCAAAAAAGAACACUUUGCUCCUGGACUUCAGAAAAGCAGAGUGCCGUUCAUGAUCUAAGAACGAGGGCACGUGGGUUAUGCCUCAUAUCGGACCCUCACAGCAACCUCUUCAGAAAAAAAGUAUCAUAUUAAUCCCGAUUGAGUCUAGAGUACUAAUAUUCACCUGAGAGCAAAUCAAAUCCUUUUGAGUGCUCUUCUACUACUGCCUUUGCAACACCAUUUCCACUGGAAUCGUCACGUCUGAACAGCCUCUUUUGAUUCACAUAUGCUUUCAGCUUCACAAAACAACAAAUCAACCAUUAGAUCACACAAGAAGCACCAACGCAAUCGUCAAUGAAGAGCUACAAACCAGUCACUCUAUUUCACAGUUACACGUGUAUUUGGAUCACAUAGACAAUGAAGAUGCAAAUGUAUUCGGAGACGCAUCGGACGAGAUACAAGCAGCACUGCAUCAACUCAACACUGGUAACAGGAUCUCUGCUAUAGAAGCAAUAUCACUGACAAAUGCAGUGAGAGUGAAUGGAACUCUGUCUCAGCUGAGUGUUCCGAACAAUAAACCGUCUCAUGCAGCUGCAGAACCACUGACAGAUGCACGGAAAGUGAAUGGAACACUGCGUCAGCUGAAUGUUUCGAAUAAUAACCUGUCUGAUGUAGGAGCGGAAGCACUGGCAGAUGCAUUGAAAGUGAGUGGAACACUGGCUCAGCUGAAUAUUUCGUGGAGUGGAAUCGGUCACGCAGGAGCGGAAGCACUGGCAGAUGCACUGAAAGUGAAUCGAACACUGACUCAGCUGAAUGUUUCGAAUAAUAACCUGUCUGAUGUAGGAGCGGAAGCACUGGCAGAUACACUGAAAGUGAGUGGAACACUGACUCAGCUGAAUAUUUCGUGGAAUGGAAUCGGUCAUGCAGGAGCAGAAGCACUGACAGAUGCACUGAAAGUGAAUCGAACACUGAGUCAGCUGAAUGUUUCGAACAAUAACCUGUCUGAUGCAGGAGCGGCAGCACUGGCAGAUGCACUGAAAGUGAAUCGAACACUGUGUCAGCUGAAUGUUUCGAACAAUAACCUGUCUGAUGCAGGAGCGGCAGCACUGGCAGAUGCACUGAAAGUGAAUCGAACACUGAGUCAGCUGAAUGUUUCGAACAAUAACCUGUCUGAUGCAGGAGCGGCAGCACUGGCAGAUGCACUGAAAGUGAAUCGAACACUGACUCAGCUGGAUAUCUCGAACAAUAAACUGUCUCCUGCAGGAGCGGAAGCAUUGGCAGAUGCACUGAAAGUGAAUGGAACACUGACUCAGCUGAAUAUUUCGUGGAAUGGAAUCUGUCAUGCAGGAGCGGAAACACUGGCAGAUGCACUGAAAGUGAAUCGAACACUGACUCAGCUGAAUAUUUCGUGGAGUGGAAUCGGCCACGCAGGAGCAGAAGCACUGGCAGAUGCACUGAAAGUGAAUCGAACACUGACUCAGCUGAAUAUUUCGUGGAAUGGAAUCUGCGAUGAUGGAGCGGAAGCACUGGCAGACGCACUGAAAGUGAAUCGAACACUGACUCAGCUGAAUAUUUCUUGGAAUGGAAUCUGUCAUGCAGGAGCGGAAGCACUGAAAGUGAAUGUAACACUAACUCAGCUGAAUGUUUCCAACAAUAAACUGUCUCAUGCAGGAGCAGAAGCACUGGCAGAUGCACUGAAAGUGAAUCGAACACUGACUAAGCUGAAUAUUUCGUGGAAUGAAAUCUGUCAAGCAGGAGCGGAAUCACUGGCAGAUACACUGAAGGUGAAUCGAACACUAAGUGAGCUGGAUGUUUCGAGCAAUGCAAUCUGGAAUGCAGGAGCAGAAGCUCUGGCAGAUGCACUGAAAAAUAAUAAAUCAAUAAGCAUCAAUCGAAUUACAUAUACUAACGAGGAAACCUACCCAAUUAUUGCACGAUCUUGUACUACUUAUCCAUUAGAGGAUGAGACGAUUGAUGGUGUUCGAACAAUCGAUAGUAUACUAAAUAAUUAUUUGGCUUCGAAAGUAGCGACAGAUCACGAUAAACGACUGUAUUCGUCGAAUCAGGAUUCCAUCGAUGAUUUAUAUAUACAACUUAUGGGUCGAAGUUUAAGCAAAACGUCUAAAUUACAUAAAAAUAAUGAAUUAUCGUCGUUAGAAAAUUUAUUAGAAGAGCGUUCUCGAAGUGUUCUAUGGCCACGUAUUUGCUUCUUCGCACAAGCAGAAAGGCAAGGGUCUAAUACAAAAAGAUGUUUUCCAUAUGAACAUGAACGUAACUAA